UGAGCGAGCGGCAGUCGGCGCCGAGCCACCCUCGCGCGAUCCCGCGCGCGUUCCAGUCCCGAAACAAUCGGCCGCGAUACAGGAAUCCACGACGAGCGCGAUCUCGCAAGAUGAUCCUCGUGCGCGACCCUAGAUCGACUGUAACGUAAGAAGGCGAGUGCGUCCGCGAAGAAGUCGAUUACAUCGCGACUGAAAUUCGCCCGGCACCGGGACGGAAGCACGAUACGGACAUUUACGAAUUCCACGAAAGAAUCCAUGUGGUCACAGCAUGGCCAUCAUGCAGUCCUGUUGCUGUUGGCAUUCCGUACGGAGAGGCAGUUUUGCAUGUGCAAUUUACACUGGAAUGUACUUCGCGCUACUGGCUCUGACUACUUGUAUGGUCCUAUUGGAGGAGACUCAAUACUUAACGGGGAAUCGCUCUCUGCCGGAGUCGUCCAGCGUGCUGGAGCCGGGAACCAUAUCGCCGACAACAGUUCGAUUCAACGCAAUGCUGCUUGUCUGCUCCUGCUGCGGCGUGCUGUGCAGCCUCCUUCUUUUGUACGGCUUAUUGAAGGAUCGUAAAAUGUUGCUGAUUCCAUGGAUCAUCGCGGUGAUCGCCUGCGGUUUCGUCGACGUAGCACAUUCUCUGUACCUGUUUUUCGUUACCCCCAACUUCAACCCGACAACGGUUAUGUUGUACACAUUGAAUUUCUUCCUUCUUUGCUUGAACGUAUAUUCGCUGUUGUGCGUCAUCUCGCAGUACCAAGAAUACCUAGCUGGUCGCGGUACCGCCGCACACGACUACGAAUAUAGGUAUGCUUUGAAGGUUCCAGUGGUGAGAUACGUCACUCAGCCUCCGACUACGACCGCCACGUCAUGUUUAAGUUCACGAAGAGGAGCGACCAACAACGAGACAAAGGCCACGCCGACGCAAAGUCCCACCGCGUGCCACAAUCCUCUCUUGACAGAGAGAAGUCCCACCGGAGGUCGACUAUCGAGAAAACACGUGCAAUUCCCGGAUACAACGACGCCGAGUCAAGUACAGAGGCCAGAUAUGCCAACAGCAGAGAUCCCAACGAUAUGCUCGCCGAAAAUUGAGCGCAAUAAUGCAAGGGCCUGGUUGCAACCUAAUGACGCCAUAACGAUCGUGGUCAGCCAGUCCUCCCCGUCGAGUGACGAAGGGCGCGUUCAUUACUCGUGAAUGGGAAUGGGCAUAUUCGACCAAACGCGGAAAAUUGUUAAUAAUUCAAAUAUAUGGGAGUGCCAUACGCAUCCGUGCGCGCGCGCGUUUGUAUGUAUGUGUGUGCGCGCGUGUGUGUAUGGGUGGGUGGACAGGUGAAUGUUAUCGAUGUAAAUACAUAGAUGGAUUUUUUAUAAGAA